AUUAGACAGACCCAUAUGACAAAAGGAGACUAAAGGGGCACACCAGCCCAGGGGCAAGGUCUAGAAGGCAGGAGGGGACAGGAAAGCUGCUAAUAGGGAAUCCACAGUUGAGAAGGUAGAGUACUGACAUGUAAAGGGGUUGUUAACCAAUGUCAUUAAACAGUAUAUAUACUAACUGUUUAAUGAGAAGCUAGUUUGUUCUGUAAAUGUUCAUCUAAACUUCAAUUUAAAAAAAAGUUCAUAAGAGAUGCUGGGUACUCCAUACUGUGUCACAUUGGGAGGCACAUAAUAUCUGGUCGUCUCACUAUUUGUAGUGCUAAGUUUGGUCCCUGGGUUAAGGCAACAGCCAUAUCUCUCCAUUAUUAAGAUACGUUUUUCCCUUUGCAGUUAGUGGUCUGGGAAGUUGUUUUGUUUAUGUGAAGCUGGGAGGCCUUUCUGCUCUGAAAGGAUAUUGAACUAGUUAAUUAUGAGAAUAAAUUUUAAACUUCUGGACCAGCAUUUUGUCUCUGGCAUUAUGGCAGAUCAUAUAUAACCUUAAAAACCUUCCACUCUUCCAUUACAAAACACCUAGUGAUGUUGGAUAAAAUAUAAGAAACUUUCUUUUUAGCUUCCUUUUAAGUGCAUCGCUGAGCUUCAGAGAAAUAAAAUCCUUGGGAGUUACAAAUGAAAGAACUACUGAAAAAGAAAAACAAAAACCAGUAUGCAUGUGACUUAAUGCUUUGGCAGUUCUGGAGGUUUUGCUAGACUCAGUAACCUAAAGACUUGAUUGUAAUGUAUAUGAGGGGUCCCAAGACAGAGCCUUAUAUUAGGCCUAUAUGAAGGAGAGUUGGAGAUUAGAAUCCCACUUAGGGAUAAGAGGGGACCACAAAAUUCCACCUACUAGUUCAGAAACACAAAAUGCCUUCUACUAGUUCAAUAAAAUGAGGGCGUUUUUCUUUCUCAGCCUGGACUCUGGCUGGGCAUGGGUGUGAAUAGUUAUCAUCUGCUUUGUAUGAGGCCCCCAAGCUGAGAAAUUAAUAUAAAAAAUGAUUCGGGACCCACUGUGUCCUUGGAGUAAGUGGGAAAAGCAUAUGAAACUGCUCUGGAGAAACAGGUCCACAAUCCAAACCAUGCAGGAUUCCUAUAGAUCAAAUUCCACUGUAGUGCAAGCUCACAACCCAAGAUGAUAAAAAGCAUAAGGAAACAAUUCACCAUGAACAAGAGUUACAGGCACAACAAACAACAGAGCUAGACCUCUGAGAACUUCAUUGAAUCCAUUGACUAUAGACCAUAAUAUGUGUAUUUAAAAGUAUUAAAAACAAAUAUAUAUUUUUUUUAUUCAGCAGGUAUUUAUUUACCUAGUGUAUGUUAUGAACCAGGCACUGAAUAAAUUGGCAAAAACUCCUGUCCUAGGGAGCUUACAUUUUAGUGGAUGGGAAACAGACCAGCAAAUAUAAACACAAUAUGCCAGAUGGUAAUAAUUACUAUGAAGAAGGAGAAUAAAGCAUAUAAGGGGGUGACAGAGUGAUGGUGGAGGGUACUGUGUUUUUUGUUUUUGUUUUUUUUUUUCAAUAGAUGUAUCAGAAAAGGUCUCUCAGAUGACAUUUGACCAGAAGCCUGAAGUAAGGGAGCAAGUCAUGUGAUUAUCAGAGGGAUGAUAAUUUCAGGUAGAAUGAAUAGCAAGUACAAAGAUCCUAAGUGGGAGCAUGCUUUGUGAGUUUAGGGAAAAGCAAGGAAGUUAGUAAGAUGAGCAGGUUAAUAGAGGUAGAUUAUGUAGGGCCUUAUAGACUAUGGUAAAGACUUGGAGUGUUGUUCUGGUUGCUAUUGCUGUGUAAAAAUUAUCCCAAAAUUUAGUAACUUAAAACAACCAUUGUAUUAUGCUGUUGGAUUCUGUAGGUCAGGAAUUCAAACAAGACACAGUAAGGAUAGCUUGUCUGUGUUCUGUGCUGUCUGGGGUUGCAGCUGCGACGAUACAAAGGCUGGGGGUUAUGUGACAGCAGGGACUGGAAUCAUCUGUGGGCUUAUUCACUUACGUGUCUGGUGUCUGAGCGAGAUGACUUAAAGAGUAGGGCUGCCAAUGGAAGUGCCUACAUGUGACCUCUCCCUGAGGUUUUACUUCCGCACAGCAUGGCAGCCUCAGGUGGUUACAGUUUCUUAGAAGGUGGUUCAGGGCUCUAGGCACGAGUGUUCCCGCAAAUGAACAGAAGCUGCAUUGCUUUUUAAUGACCCAGCAUGAGAAGUCAUACGACAUUAUUUCGAUUGUAUUCUACUAGUUGAAGUAGUCACAGACCCACCCCGAUUCAAGGGGAGGGAACAUAGACCCCACCUCUUCAUGUGAGGAGUUAGAGAAUUUUAGGACAAUGUUUUAAAACCACCACAGAUGCCAUUAAAGCAUUUUGAGCAGAAGAGUGAUACGGUCUUCACUUGCAUUUUAGAGGUAUCACUCUGGUUCCUCUAUGGAACAUUGAUUGAAGAUGGUGGACAACAGUCGAAAUAAGAGGGAUCAGUUAAAAAGAAUUGCAAGAGUCUAGGCAGGAGAUGAUAAUAGUUUUGAUUGGGAUAAUAGCAUGAAAGUAGUGAUACAAGGGUCAGAUUUGAAAUAUAUUUGGAAGAUAGUGGGACCCGAGUUUACAGGUUGAAUGCAUGUGGGGUGUGAGAGAAAGAAGAAUCAAGAAUGACUCCAAAGCGUUUGGGUUGAGCAACUGGGUAAAUGGUAAUGGUGUUUACUGAGAUGGGAAACAAUAGGGGAAGAGAAAGUUCUCACCUGGGGAGUUCAGAAAUUUGGCUUUGGACGUGAUAGGUUUAUAAAAUGCGCGUUAGACAUCCAAAUGGAGAUGUCAGUUAUAUAGUUGUGUGUGUGUGUGUGUGUGUGAGAGAGAGAGAGAAAAUAAAGAUGCUGUUUAAAGCCAUGGGAAUAUAAGAAAUUACCUAAAGAGUGAAUGCAAAUAAAGAAAUUGAGCCCCAGUAGAGUUUAGGAAGAUGAGUAGAAGUUAACAAAGAAUGAAUGUUCGUGAAUGCAGGAUGAAAACUCCGAUGUAUGAAAUCCUAAAGGCCAAGUAAAGAAAGCAUUUCAAGAAGAAAUAUUAACUUGGAUAAAUACUGCUGAAAGUUCAAGUAAGAUGAGAAUUGAUAAAUAACUAUUGGAUUUGGCAACAUGAAGGUUAUUGGUUACCUGGGAAAAGAUGAUCUCUUCACAUUGGAUGGAUAGAAUGACAGAAGAUGCUCUUCGCCUGAAUCUGUUGAAGCGGAGCUUGGACCCAGCAGAUGAGCGAGAUGAUGUCCUGGCAAAGCGGCUCAAGAUGGAGGGGCAUGAGGCCAUGGAGCGCCUGAAGAUGUUGGCACUGCUCAAAAGGAAGGAUUUGGCAAACCUUGAGGUGUCACAUGAGUUAUCCACCAAACAGGAUGGCGGCGGUGUCAAGGGCUAUGAAGAGAAACUCAAUGGGAAUCUCAGGCCUCAUGGAGACAACAGGACUGCUGUCAGGCCGGGCAAAGAAAAUAUCAAUGAUGAGCCUGUGGAUAUGAGUGCUAGACGAAGUGAUCCAGACCGAGGAAGGCUGACUCCCUCCCCAGACAUCAUUGUUUUGUCUGACAAUGAGGCUUCCAGUCCCCGUUCGAGCUCCCGAAUGGAAGAAAGACUCAAAGCAGCCAACCUAGAGAUGUUUAAGGGGAAAGGCAUUGAGGAACGGCAGCAGCUCAUCAAGCAGCUGAGGGAUGAGCUGCGAUUAGAAGAAGCCCGACUGGUGUUGUUAAAGAAACUGAGACAGAGUCAGCUCCAGAAGGAGAAUGUGGUCCAGAAGACUCCAGUUGUACAGAAUGCAGCAUCUAUUGUUCAGCCGUCUCCUGCCCAUGUGGGUCAGCAGGGCCUAUCCAAGCUUCCCUCCCGGCCUGGGGCCCAAGGGGUUGAACCUCAAAAUUUGAGAACAUUACAGGGUCACAGUGUCAUCCGUUCAGCGACCAACACCACCCUUCCACAUAUGUUGAUGUCUCAACGUGUUAUUGCCCCAAACCCAGCUCAGCUACAGGGUCAACGGGGCCCCCCUAAACCUGGCCUUGUGCGCACCACGACACCCAACAUGAACCCUGCCAUCAAUUACCAGCCGCAGUCAAGUUCUUCUGUUCCCUGUCAGCGAACAACGUCCUCUGCCAUCUAUAUGAACCUGGCCUCCCAUAUCCAGCCAGGGACCGUGAACAGAGUGUCCUCACCGCUUCCUAGCCCCGGCGCCAUGACUGAUGCUGCCAACUCACAGGCUGCAGCCAAACUGGCUCUUCGCAAACAGCUGGAAAAAACACUCCUGGAGAUUCCGCCCCCGAAACCUCCUGCUCCCUUGCUUCACUUCCUGCCUAGCGCAGCCAAUAGCGAGUUUAUCUACAUGGUGGGCUUGGAAGAAGUCGUGCAGAGUGUCAUUGACAGCCAAGGCAAAGUCUGUGCCUCCCUUCUGCGGGUCGAACCCUUUGUGUGUGCCCAGUGCCGCACAGAUUUCACCCCCCACUGGAAGCAGGAGAAGAACGGUAAGAUCCUGUGUGAACAGUGUAUGACCUCCAACCAGAAGAAGGCUCUGAAAGCUGAGCACACCAACCGGCUGAAAAACGCCUUUGUAAAAGCUCUGCAGCAGGAACAGGAAAUUGAACAGCGGUUACAGCAGCAGGCAGCCCUCUCCCCCACUACGGCUCCAGCUGUGCCCAGUGUCAGUAAACAGGAGACCAUCAUGAGACAUCACACGCUUCGGCAGGCUCCGCAGCCCCAGAGCAGCCUCCAGCGUGGCAUACCCACAUCUGCCCGCUCCAUGCUUUCCACCUUCGCACAGGCACCCCAGCUGUCUGUCCCAGGUGGCCUCCUUGGCAUGCCAGGUGUCAACAUUGCGUACUUGAGCACUGGCAUUGGAGGACACAAAGCCCCCAGUCUGGCAGACCGACAGCGGGAAUACCUCUUAGACAUGAUCCCUCCCCGGUCGAUAUCGCAGUCCAUCAGUGGACAGAAAUAACGCCUGUCCGUCUGUCCUGCCCCAGCCUUGAAUCCUUGACCCGUUUCCUCUCCUGUUGCCCCCACCUUCCGUCGCAUGCAGCCUGUGCCGGCGCCUACCAUACACGGAAAACAAACCAGAAACAGAAGACAGA